AUGCAGCUGGAGAAGGAGUUCGGAUUCGCGCCAGAUGUACUUGGCAAGCUUUUGAUGGCCAGAGGCCUUGCAAACAGUCUAUCAGGCAUUCUUUGGGGCUCCUUCGCUGAUCAUGUAGACAGGAAAAGAACGAUUGUCUUUUCGAUGCUUCUCGUGGGCAUCUUCACAAUGUUGACACCGCAGCUCACCACUCUUCGAGGAUUCUUUGCGACACAGAUGUCUAUCGCCUUUUUUGCCGCGGCGGCAGUACCGGUCACUCAGAGCUUAGUCAGUGAGAAAGUGGAGGCAAGCGACAGGGGCAUGGCAUUUGCGUCCUUGGCUAUGUGCACAGGCAUCUCCAGCUCGGCAGCAGCAAUCCUGGCUGGCGUCCUCUCCUGGCGAGAAGCAUAUACUAUCAUGGGCGCCGCCACAAUCUCGCUGGCGCUGUGUCUGCUCGUCGUCUUUCCCGCAGAACGACGUCCUCCCUCUGAACGGACCCUGGAAGGCACAUUUGCUACUGAGAUGGAGCAGCUGCGGACCAUAUUCCGCAUCCCAACCUUCAGGGCGCUGCUGCUGGGAGGCGUGGUUGGCUGUAUCCCUUGGAACGCUUUGAGCUUUAUGAUGAUGUUCCUGCAAGAUGUGGGCUUUGACUCCUCACAUGCGGCGUUGCUAUUGGCAGUGAUGUCGAUUGGCCGAAUUCUCGGUUGCCUUGUAGGAGGCUUUUUGGGAGACUAUCUCUCCCGCUUAUCGCCGAUGCACGGUCGCGCCUUCGUUGCCCAACUGUCGAUCCUCUUGGGCAUGGCCCCUUUGUAUUGGGCUCUCCGCUGCUACCCCCACAGCAGAAGUUCCCCAUCCAUCCUUGCCGCUGCGCUGUUCUCGUUUUCUCUGCUGGCAACCUGGUGCAAUCCUGGAGUGGACCGUCCACUCUGGUCGGAGUUAGUGGCCCCUAGCUGCCGCGGCAAGAUCAUUGCUUGGUGGACGGCUAUUGCGCAGUCUUUCGGGUCAGUCUUUGCAGGCCCCUUGGUUGGCUACAUCUGCGUGGCUGUGCUCGGUUACCGGCCUGGUGCUGAAGACAGUCGAAGAGGAAAUGCCGAGUCGCUGGGGACAGCGAUGGCCGCAUGCACAAUGAUUCCUUGGAUAGGUUGCUUCUGUUGCUACUCUGCAAUUCACGUCACCUAUCCAACGGACCGACGCGCCGAGGGGUUGAUCUGCUCGAGUGCCAAAUGA